AUGUGCUGUCGGUGGUCGGUGGAGUGGUGGAAAGGCCGCAACGUGAUCGAGGUGCUCCGCGAGCGCGGUCUGAUUCAAGACGUGACUUCCCCGGAUAUUGAGACGCUCUGCGGGUCGAAGAGCGUCUCGGUUUACUGCGGAUUCGACCCCACAGCGGAUUCCUUGCACCUGGGCAACCUGCUGGGCAUCCUCGUGCUGUCGUGGUUCCAGCGCUGCGGGCACCAGCCCGUCGCGCUCAUCGGCGGCGCCACGGGGCGCGUCGGGGACCCUUCCGGCAAGUCGGCCGAGCGCCCCGUGCUCGCGGAGGAGCAAAUCGAAGCAAACCUGAACGGCAUCCGCGGCGUGCUCGUCGGGCUCUUGCAAGCAGGCGGGGAGCCCAAGGUCGUCAACAACCUGGACUGGUUCGGCCCGAUGGGUUUCCUCGAGUUCCUCCGCACGGUCGGCAAGGCGGCGCGCGUCGGCACCAUGAUGUCCAAAGACAGCGUCAAGACACGCAUGGCCUCGGAGACAGGCAUCUCCUACACGGAGUUCACGUACCAGCUGCUGCAGGGGUACGACUUCGUGCACCUCAACCGCACGAUGGGCGUCGAGGUCCAGAUCGGCGGGUCGGACCAGUGGGGGAACAUCACCGCGGGCACAGAGCUCCUGCGCAAGCUCUCCGGCUUCGACGAGGAGGACACGGUCGCCGCGGACGGCGCCGAGGCGCCGACGGCGUACGGGCUGACGUUCCCGCUGCUCACGGACGCCAGCGGGAAGAAGUUCGGCAAGUCGGAGGGCGGUGCGAUCUGGCUGACGGCGGACAAAGUGUCGCCGUACCAGUUCUACCAGCACCUCUUCCAGACGACGGACGCGGACGUGAUCAAGUUCCUCCGCAUGCUCACGUUUUUGCCGAUGGACGAGAUCGACGCGAUCGAGGCGGCGAUGAGUCAGGAGGGGUAUAAGCCCAACACCGCGCAGCGGCGGCUCGCGGAGGAGGUGACGCGGUUCGUGCACGGCGAGGCCGGCCUGCGCGCGGCGCUCAAGGCCACGGAGGGUCUGCGGCCCGGCAGCGACACGAAGCUGGACGCGGAGGCGCUGGAGGCGCUGGCGCAGAGUGGGGACGUGCCGUGCACGGAGCUGUCGCGGGCGGAGGUGGUCGGGCGGCCGGUGGUGGACGUGCUGGUGGAGGUGGGGCUGCAGAAGUCGAAGAGCGCGGCGCGGAAGAUGGUGCAGGGGGGGGGUAUCCGGUUGAACAAUGAGCGGGUGGGGGAUGUGGCGGCCGAGGUGGGGGACGACGACGUGCUGGGCGGGAAGCUGGUGCUGCUUGCGGCGGGGAAGAAGAACAAGAUGAUUGUGCGGAUCGCGUAG